CUCCAGAGUACGUUUACCGCGUAGCCGCACCUACGCAGAGAAACGGUUCGGAUAUUCUCCUUAACUGCCGAGAAAAUUGCUCAGUGGUAAACUCCAGGUGCUCAAAACCAUGCUGAAAUGCAUCUUUCCGAGAUGUGUAGCAGCCAAAUGCGUCCGGCAAAGACAUGAAACCGUAACAUAAGCGCGUCUUGUUUUCUACCGAGCUAAACAACCAAAGACUAAGAUCAUGGCGGUAAACUCUCCCUCUCCACUGCCUGAGAGGGCCAUUUAUGGGUUUGUUCUUUUCCUUGGCUCACAGUUCGGCUUCUUUCUGUAUUGCAUGUGGGCAUUUAUACCAGAGGAAUGGCUUCAUUCAAUAGGGCUCACUUACUGGCCUCAAAAAUAUUGGGCCCUUGCGAUGCCGAUCUAUCUGCUGGUUGCAUUAAUGAUCUUUGUGGUGUUGCUGUUCGGAGUGAACAUGAACAACACGGCUCCCCUCAACUCCGUGGAUAACAUCACAGAUGUGUAUGCGCAAGGCCAGAGGACAGAGGCUUGCAGCGAAGAGGGAAUACCCAGACUGAAAGAUGUUUCCAUUAGUGAAGUCAACAAAAUGUUCUAUAUGUCGCCCAAGCUAUAACAAACAGAAGCAGUUUUUAGCUGGAGGCAGAGUAGAAGUGUAGCUGCUUGGGAUUUAUUGUGGUGCACUGUUUACCCUUUGUUUAUAAAAGAAGGAUUGUGCUUUAUUUAUUUAUCCAGGAACUAUGCAACAUGGGGCAAAGAUGUACUGAAUGAUUUGACUUUUUCUGACGCUUUACUUAUUUACUGUAUAUAUGACGUGCUGUGUGUGUGGUAAUAUCAGUAAUAUGCUGAAUGUGAUGUAACAUAAUAUCACAAUACAAACAAAUAAACCUAUUGUUGCAAAUGGUA